GGGCUGAGAGGAGGAUGCUGUUAGGAAGAAAAAUCUACCCUGGGACUAGCUUGGUUUAUUUGGAUGUUUGGAAAUGGCUACCAGGAGGAAGGAGAGGAAGCAGUGACCACUUUGGGAGUAAAGCAUCGUUUGUGACAUAUAGAUAUGCAAGGAGUGCCAAACCUAACUGAGAUAUUGGGGGGUUAUCAUCGACUUUCUAGCCCAAGGAUAUUGCUGCUUACAGGGCUGCAUUUGCCCUGACAAAGCCGCUCAAGAUGAACAUGGUGAAAAGGAUCAUGGGCCGGCCGAGGCAGGAGGAGUGCAGCCCCCAGGACAACGCGCUGGGCCUGAUGCACCUGCGACGCCUCUUCUCCGAGCUGUGCCACCCUCCUCGACACAUGACCCAGAAGGAGCAGGAGGAGAAGCUCUACAUGAUGCUUCCCGUAUUCAACAGGGUGUUUGGGAACGCUCCACCCAGCAGCAUGACGGAGAAGUUCACCGACCUGCUGCAGUUCACCACCCAGGUCUCACGGCUUAUGGUGACCGAGAUCAGACGAAGAGCUUCUAAUAAAUCCACAGAGGCAGCCAGUCGAGCCAUAGUCCAGUUCCUGGAGGUGAACCAGAGUGAGGAGGCGAGUCGUGGCUGGAUGCUUCUGACCACCAUCAACCUGCUGGCCUCCUCCGGACAGAAAACAGUGGACUGCAUGACCACCAUGUCUGUACCCUCCACGCUGGUCAAAUGCCUCUACCUGUUCUUCGACCUGCCUCACAUGGUGGAGGCCCCAGUAGCACCACCACCACCACCACCACCACCACCACCACCCCCAGGCCAGGAGAAGACCCCCGGCCAGGGCCACACCCAGCAGGAGCUUCCCCUGGCUGACCGCAGGGUGCUGCUGCAGAAAGUCUUUGUCCAGAUCCUGGUGAAGCUGUGCACCUUUGUGUCUCCGGCGGAGGAACUGGCCCAAAAGGACGACCUUCAGCUGCUGUUCAGUGCCAUCACCUCCUGGUGCCCCCCCCACAACCUUCCCUGGAGGAGGAGUGCAGGGGAGGUGCUCACCACUAUCUCCCGACACGGCCUGAGCGUCAACGUGGUCAAAUACAUACAUGAGAAGGAAUGCCUGGGCACAUGUGUGCAGAACAUGCAGCAGUCGGAAGAUCUGUCGCCGCUGGAGAUUGUGGAGAUGUUCGCCAUGCUCUCCUGCUUCCUCAAGGACUCCAGCGACGUGUCCCAGACCCUGCUCGACGACUUCAGGAUGUGCCAGGGUUACGCCUUCCUCUGCGAUCUCAUGCUCAGACUGGAACAGGCCAAAGAGGACGAGUCGAAAGAUGCCCUGAAGGAUCACGUGAACCUGGUGACCCGUCUGACCACGUACGGGGUGACGGAGCUGAAGCCCGCCGGCCUGACAACAGGAGCCCCCUUCCUGCUGCCGGGCUUCGUCCUCCCGCAGCCUUCUGGGAAAGGCCACACAGUGCGUAACAUCCAGGCUUUUUCGGUUCUUCAGAACGCCUUCCUGAAGGCUAAAACGAGCCGCCUAGCCUGUAUGCUGCUGGACGCCAUCGGGAACAUCUACUCAGGCGAGUCGGCCAACUACUUCAUCCUGGAGUCGCAGCACACCCUGUCGCAGUUUGCAGACCGUGUGGCCAAGCUCCCGGAGGCCCAGGCCAAGUACUUUGAGCUGCUGGAGUUCGUGGUGUUCAGCCUGAACUACGUGCCGUGCAAAGAGCUGUUCAGCGUCAGCGUGCUGCUGAAGUCCAGCACGUCACACGCCUGCAGCAUCACGGCAGUGAGAACGCUGCUGAAGCUGUCCCGGCACGACCCCGUGUUCAGCGACGUGCUGCGGGAGGUCGGCCUGCUGGAGGUGCUGGUCAACCUGCUGCACAAGUACGCUGCCUUGCUCAAAGACCCGGCCACGCAGCAGCCACACAACAAUGACCAAGCUGACUGUAAGAACAACGCGGUGGCAGAGGAGCAGAAGCAGCUGGCCUGGCUGGUGAUGGAGACACUGACUGUGCUCCUGCAGGGCUCCAACACCACCAACACUAAUGCAGCUCUGUUCAGGGAGUUUGGCGGCGCUCGUUGCGUUCACAACAUCGUGAAGUACCGGCAGUGUCGGGAACACGCCCUGCUCAUCAUCCAGCAGCUCGUCCUGUCGCCCAGCGGAGACGACGACAUGGGGACACUGCUCGGCCUCAUGCACUCUGCCCCGUCCAGCGAACUGCAGCUCAAGACCGACAUACUGCGGGCUUUGUUGGCGGUGUUGCGGGAGAGCCACCGCACCCGGACGGUGUUCCGGAAGGUGGGUGGUUUCGUGUACGUCACCUCUCUGCUGGUGGCGAUGGAGCGCUCCCUGUGCCAGCCGCCGCGGCACGGCUGGGAGCGCGUAAACCAGAACCAGGUCUUCGAGCUGCUGCACACCGUGGUCAGCACGCUAACCGCCGCCAUGCGCUACGAGCCCGCAAACUCACACUUCUUCCGCACGGAGAUCCAGUACGAGAAGCUGGCCGAUGCUGUGAGGCUGCUGGGCUGCUUCUCGGACACUAAGAAGCUGGGUCCCACAGCCGUGUUCCCCUCCAACGCUCAGCCUUUCCAGAGGCUGCUGGAGGACGAGGCGGCGCCCGGAGGCUGCGCGGGGGACAACGUCUGUCCCACGCUCAAACACUGCAGCAAGCUCUUCAUCUACCUGUACAAGAUGGCCACCGACUCCUUCGACAGUCGUGCGGAGCAGGUGCCUCCCUGCCUGACUCACGAGACCUCGCUGCCCUCGCCGUGGGGCACACCAGCACUCGCCAGGAAGAGACAAGGCUACUACGGUACGUCGGGUCCCCCCGCUCCUGUCAAAGCCCUCACAGACCUGAAGCUCCACCUGGCCAACGCCUCUCACCCCGCGUCCUCAUCCUCCUCCUCCGACAUGGUAGUCAUCCACCCGGGGGCCGUGCUGGCCAUCCUGGACCUGCUGCCCUCCGUCUGCUCAGAAAGCCAGCCGGAGCACGCCCUGGACCUGCAGCUGGCGGUGGCCAACAUCCUGCAGCUCCUGGUGAACAGUGAGAGGAACCAGCAGGUUCUGUGUGAAGCCAGCCUCCACCAGCGGCUGCUGCAGCGCUGCAGCCAGGCCCUGGGCGACGAGGACCACCCGCUGCACCCCCCGCUGCAGAGGAUGUUUGAGAGGCUGGCUUCUCAGGCCCUGCAGCCGAUGGCACUCAGGGAGUUCUUGCGUCUUGGGAACCCUCUGAACUGCGGCGCCUGGGACAAGAAGCUUCUGAAGCAGUACCGGGUUCACAAACCAAGCUCUCUCAGCUACGACGCCGAGAUGAGAAACAGUAUGACCAUGUCCAUGGAGGGCUUCGGUCCUGACAGCGUCUUCGCCACGCCGGCGGAGGACAACGGGCAGUACCGCAUCAGCCGCAGCCUGGUGCGCUCCGCCGAGGGCAGCACCGUGCCGCUGACCCGGGUCAAGUGCCUGGUGUCCAUGACAACGCCCCACGACAUACGCCUGCACGGAUCGGCUGUCACGCCUGCAUUCGUGGAGUUUGACACCUCACUGGAGGGCUUCGGGUGCCUGUUUCUGCCCAGCCUAGCGCCCCACAACGCCCCCACCAACAACACCAACGCCUCAGGUGUCAGUGAUGGAGCCGUGCUGAGCGGGAUGGGUACAGGGGAGCGCUUGUUUCCUCCUCCGUCAGGCCUCAGCUACUCCACCUGGUUCUGUGUGGAGCGUUUCAGCGCCGCCCCUCACGCCCACCCGGUGCGCCUGCUGACGGUGGUGCGCCGGGCCACGUCCUCAGAGCAGCACUACGUGUGUUUGGCGGUGGUUCUGUCCACCAAGGACCGCUCGCUCACCGUCUCCACCAAGGAGGAGCUGCUGCAGUCAUACUCAGCGGACGAGUCAAGUGAAGAAGCCGCCUUCUAUGAGAUCCUGCCCUGCUGCGCCCGCUUCCGCUGCGGAGAGCUGAUCGCAGAGGGCCAGUGGCACCACCUGGUGCUGGUCAUGAGCAAAGGCAUGCUGAAGAACAGCAUGGCCACUCUGUACCUGGACGGACAGCUCAUCAGCACUGUCAAGCUGCACUAUGUCCACAGUGCUCCGGGAGGCUCUGGCUCCACCAACCCCCCCGUGCUGAGCACCGUGUACGGGUACGUGGGCACGCCCCCCGCCCAGAGACAGCUCUCCAGCCUGGUGUGGCGUCUGGGGCCCAGCCACUUCCUGGAGGAGGUGCUGCCGGCUACCAGCGUCGCUGCCAUCUUUGAACUGGGACCCAUCUACGUGGGCAGCUUCCAGGCCGUCUACCUGCCCUGUAAAGACUCGAAGACGGAGGUAGCCCCCGCAUCCCCGGUAGCAUUGGUACCAGAGGAGAAGGUGUCCUUCAGUCUGUACGCGCUCUCGGUCUCCACUCUCACCGUGGCCAAGAUCAGGAAAGUCUACAACAAACUGGACAGCAAGGCCAUCGCCAAACAGCUCACUGUGUCCUCUCAUGAAAACGCCACUCCUGUCAAAUUGAUCCAUAACGCCGCCGGCCAUCUCAACGGACCAGCACGUACCAUCGGAGCUGCCGUCAUUGGAUACUUGGGCGUCCGUGCCUUCGUGGCCAAACCCGUGGCCACCAACCUGCAAUAUGUUGGUGGGGCGGCAGCCAUCUUGGGCUUGGUUGCCAUGGCGUCAGAUGUGGAAGGGCUGUAUGCAGCUGUCAAAGCUUUGGUGUGUGUUGUAAAGAGCAACCCCCUGGCCAGCAAGGAGAUGGAGCGCAUCAAAGGCUACCAGCUGCUGGCUAUGCUGCUGAAGAAGAAGCGCUCGCUGCUCAACAGCCACAUCCUCCACCUCACCUUCUCUCUGGUGGGAACCGUGGACAGCGGCCACGAGACCUCCAUCAUUCCCAACUCCACCGCUUUCCAGGACCUGCUCUGUGACUUCGAGGUGUGGCUCCACGCUCCCUACGAGCUCCAUCUCUCUCUGUUUGAGCAUUUCAUCGAACUGCUGACAGAGUCCAGCGAGGCAGCUAAGAAUGCCAAACUGCUCAGGGAGUUCCAGCUGGUCCCCAGGCUGCUGCUGACCCUGAGGGACGCCUCCCUGUCCCAGCCCACUGUAGCUGCCAUCAGCAACGUGCUCAGUCUGCUGCUGCAGGGCUUCCCCAACCAGUACGAUCUGCUGAGGUUUGGCCAGUUCAUCUCUUCUACUCUUCCCACAUUUGCUGUAUGUGAGAAGUUUGUCGUCAUGGAAAUCAAUAAUGAUGAAAAGAUAGACGGAGGUAAUGACGAUGAUUUCGGUGGUCUCCUGUCAGCCAACAUUAUUCUGCUGAGAAACCGACUGCUGGACAACCUGCUCAGACUGCUCUUCACCACCAAAGAGAAGUGCACUGUCAACGCCCAAGCUUGUGAGGAGCUGGUGCGGACGCUGGGCUUUGACUGGCUCCUGAUGUUCAUGGAGGAACACCUUCACUCGAGCUCGGUCACGGCGGCUCUGUGGAUCCUGGUGGUGCUGCUCUCCAACCAGUCCAUCCUCAACCGCUUCAAAGAGGGCCUGUGUGGGGGGGGCUGGCUCGACCACACCGACAUCGUCCUGACCAAUAAGAUCGGCUCAGUGCUGGGCUUCAACGUGGGCCGCAGUGCUGGCGGGCGCUCCACGGUGCGGGAGAUCAACCGGGACGCGUGCCACUUCCCCGGCCUGCCCGUGCUGCAGACGCUGCUGCCCAAACACACCAACGUGCCGGAGCUCUACUUCCUGCUCAUGGCGCUGUUCCUGCAGCAGCCCGUCACCGAGCUGCCGGACAGCCUGCAGGUACAUUUUGACCUGGACUCCCUCUGGACGUUCAUUUUUGGCAUACCAGCCUCUAGUGGGACAGUGGUGGGCUCCAUCCACAACGUGUACACCGAGGCCGCCUUCCUGCUGCUGGCCAUGCUGCGCAGCAUGCUCAACCUGCCGUGGCAGUCAGAGGAGGAAGGCUCCUGGCUGCGGGAGUACCCGGUCACCCUCAUGCAGUUCUUUAGGUAUCUUUACCACAACGUGACCGACCUGGCGUCUAUGUGGCACAGCGCUGAGUUCCUCUGUGCCCUGGCAGCGACUGUCUUCCCUUUCAACAUCAGACCCUACUCCGAGAUGGUCACUGAUUUGGACGACGAGGCGGGGUCUCCCGCAGAGGAGUUCAAGGCCUUUGCCGGGGACUCCGGUAUGAACCGCAGCCAGUCUGAAUACUGUAACGUGGGCUCCAAGACGUCUCUCACCAACCACCCUGCCAAAAAGUACGUCUUCGACUUCAUGAGGGUCCUGAUCAUGGACAACCUCUGCAUGACCCCGGCCAGCAAGCAGACGCCCGUCAUCGACCUGCUGCUGGAGGCCUCCCCUGAGCGCUCCACCAGAACCCAGCAGAAAGAGUUUCAGUCCAACAUCCUGGACGGCGUCAUGGAGCAUCUUCUGGCUGCUGAUGUGCUGCUAGGUGAAGAUGCCUCUCUGCCCCUCAGCAGCGGGGGCAGCUAUCAGAUUCUGGUCAACAACGUGUUCUACUUCACCCAGCGUGUGGUGGACAAGCUGUGGCAGGGCAUGUUCAACAAGGACUCCAAGCUGGUGGUGGACUUCAUCGUGCAGCUCAUAGGACAGUCCAAGCGGCGUUCCCAGGGUCUGUCCCUGGACACCAUCUACCACUGUCUGAACCGGACAGUGCUGUACCAGCUUUGUCGACCCCACAAGACGGUGGCUCAGCAGGUGGCCCUGCUGGACGCCCUGAGGGUCCUGACCGUCAACCGCAACCUGGUGCUGGGGCCGGGCAACCACGACCAGGACUUUGUGGCCUGCCUGGCUCACUGCUUCAUCUGCCUGCACAGUGGAAGCAGCGUGGAGGGCUUCGGUCUGGAGGCGGAGGCCAGGAUGACAACCUGGCACGUCAUGAUGCCCACGGAGAACGAGACGGACACUACGCACAGCCAGGACGUCAGCGAGGGGCGGCAGCUGCUGCUGAAGGCGGUGAACAGGGUGUGGACGGAGCUGAUGCACAGCAAGAGGCAGAUGCUUGAGGACAUAUUCAAAGUGUCUCUUCCCUGCAACGACAGAGGACACGUGGACAUCGCCACGGCCAGGCCCGCCCUGGAGGAGCCGGCCCUGAAGAGCUGGCAGAACCACCUGGUCCAUGAGAAGAAGUGCAUCAGUCGCGGGGAGGCAGCGGCGCCGGUGACCCAGUCCAAACUGUCCCGAGUCAGCAGCAACUUCGGCCUCUCCAAGCUGACAGGCGUCCGGCGCAACAAGAGGGAGAACAGCCUGAACAAAAACAACCUGUCUGCACAGGAGACGUUCCAGUGGAUGUUCACACACAUUGCUGUUGUUCGAGACCUGGUGGCCAUGCAGUACAAAGAAUAUCAAGAGCGGCAGCAGAACGCUCUGAAGUACGUGACAGAGGAGUGGGCGUCCAUCGAAUACGAGCUGCUGCGUGAGAGGGGCCUCUGGGGCCCGCCCAUCGGCUCCAGCCUGGACAAGUUUGUGCUGGAGAUGACGGAGGGGCCCUGCCGGAUGAGGAAGAAGAUGGUCCGCAACGACCUGUUCUAUAUCCACUACCCAUUCAUCCCUGAGCUGGAGCCAAACAGCAACUCAGCACAGAAGCCUCUCCGUUACCGGCGGGCCAUCAGCUACGACAGUAAGGAGUACUACGUGCGUUUGCUCUCUGGAAACCCUGGCAUGUACCAGCACUCUGUGGAGCACACCACAGAAGGAGAGACCACCCAGCAUGAGCCUGAGCACGGAGAGGACACCAUCGCAAGAGUCAAAGGCCUGGUGAAGGCUCCUCUGAAGAGGUCCCGGUCCACAGCGGACGGGGCCGACGAAGACAGCCAGGACCAGCUUCAGGAGCAGCUGCUGGAGUCAGGGGGCCCCGAGGAGGAGCAGAGGACCGACAACACGUCCCUGCUGCGCCUCCUGGAGGAGGGAGAGAAGAUUCAGCACAUGUACCGCUGUGCCAGGGUGCAGGGUUUGGACACCAGCGAGGGUCUGCUGCUGUUUGGGAAGGAGCACUUCUACGUCAUCGACGGCUACACCAUGACGGUGUCCAGGGAGAUCAGGGACAUCGACACGCUGCCCCCCAAUUUGCACGAGGCCAUCAUCCCCAGAGGAGCGAGGCAAGGACAGAGCCUGCUGAAGAGAACCUGCAGCAUAUUCGCCUAUGAGGACAUCAAGGAAGUGCACAAGAGACGCUACCUGCUGCAGCCCAUGGCAGCGGAAGUCUUCUCUGCAGAUGGGAGGAACUACCUGUUAGCCUUCCAGAAAGGAGUCCGCAACAAAGUUUACCAAAGGUUCUUGGCGGUGGUGCCUUCACUGGCUGACAGCUCCGAGUCGGUUUCAGGACAGAGGCCCAACACCAGCGUGGAGCAAGGAUCUGGGCUCCUCAGCACGCUGGUCGGAGAGAAGUCAGUGACUCAGAGAUGGGAGCGAGGAGAGAUCAGUAACUUCCAGUACCUGAUGCAUCUGAACACGUUGGCAGGACGAUCCUACAACGACCUCAUGCAGUACCCCGUGUUCCCCUGGAUCCUGGCCGACUUUGACUCAGAGGAACUGGACCUAAACAACCCCAAGACGUUCCGUAACCUCGCCAAGCCGAUGGGUGCCCAGACCGACGACAGACUGACGCAGUACAAGAAGCGGUACAAGGACUGGGAAGACCCCACCGGUGAAACCCCAGCAUACCACUACGGCACACACUACUCAUCAGCCAUGAUCGUAGCCUCCUAUCUGGUCCGGAUGGAGCCCUUCACUCAGAUUUUCCUCAGACUUCAGGGAGGACAUUUUGACCUGGCUGACAGGAUGUUCCACAGUAUGCGUGAAGCCUGGCUCUCUGCCUCCAAACACAACAUGGCCGACGUCAAGGAGCUCAUCCCUGAGUUCUUUUAUCUGCCCGAGUUCAUGCUCAACGCUAACAACUUUGACCUGGGGGCCAAGCAGAAUGGCAUCAGGCUGGGUGACGUCAUCCUGCCGCCCUGGGCCAAGGGAGACCCACGGGAGUUCAUCCGAGUGCACAGAGAUGCUUUGGAGUGCGACUACGUAUCGGCCCACCUCCACGAAUGGAUCGACCUGAUCUUCGGGUACAAGCAGCAGGGCCCGCCGGCUGUUGAGGCGGUCAACGUCUUCCACCACCUGUUCUACGAGGGUCAGGUGGAUAUCUACAACAUCAACGACCCGCUCAAAGAGACAGCCACCAUCGGCUUCAUCAACAACUUCGGACAAAUCCCCAAACAGCUGUUCAAGAAGCCUCAUCCUCCUAAACGGGUCCGCAGCAAAGCCAACGGUGACGCGUCGAGCGUUCCUCCAAGCUCCAACGGCGACAAGAUCUUCUUCCAUCAUCUGGACAAUCUCAGACCUUCUUUAGCCCCAGUAAAAGAGCUGAAAGAGCCGGUGGGACAGAUCGUGUGCACGGACAAGGGGAUACUUGCUGUGGAGCAAAACAAAGUUCUGGUUCCACCCACCUGGAGCAAGACCUUCGCCUGGGGCUACGCAGACCUCAGCUGCAGACUCGCUAACUAUGAGUCCGACAAGGCGUUGGUGGUAUACGAGUGUCUGUCGGAGUGGGGUCAGAUCCUGUGUGCCAUAUGUCCAAACCUGAAGCUGGUCAUCACCGGGGGAACCAGCACCGCCAUCUGUGUGUGGGAGACGGGGACCUCCAAGGAGAGGGCCAAGGCCCUCACUCUCAAACAGGCGUUGCUGGGCCACACGGACGCUGUGACGUGUCUGACGGCGUCCUCGGCGUACCACAUCGUGGUCAGCGGCUCCCGAGAUCGAACCUGCAUCAUCUGGGACCUCAACAAGCUUUCCUUCGUCACACAGCUCAGGGGACACCGGGCACCCGUCUCUGCUCUGUGUAUCAACGAACUGACGGGGGACAUUGUGUCCUGUGCAGGGACUCACAUUCACGUGUGGAGCAUCAACGGCAGCCCCAUCGCCAGCGCCAACACCUUCACGGGGCGCAGCCAGCAGAUCCUGUGCUGCUGCGUGUCCGAGAUGAACGAGUGGGACACGCAGAACGUCAUCGUCACCGGACACUCGGACGGCGUUGUCAGGUUUUGGAGAAUGGAGUUCCUCCAGGUCCCAGAAACCCCUGCUCCACAGCCAGUAGAGCCAGAUGUGACUGACUGCUGUGCUGACGAGAAGAUUGAAGGUGGCGUCAGUCAAAAUGGCGAGGAGGAAAGCAGCGAGUCGGAUGGAGACGAGCCGAGCCUGAGCCAGGAGCCCAAAGCCCCUCGCAACCCCUCGGCAGGGGGCAGCCAACCAGGCAGCGCCGUGCACAGACCCAGAGGUCCUCCAGCCCGCCCCGGAGCCUCGUGGUCGAUGGACAGCAGCUCCGACGACUCCCACCGCUGGUCCGACAGCCUCAGCGUCGACGAGAAGGACGGCUUCGUGUUCGUCAACUACUCCGAGGGCCAAACUAAAGUCCCCCACCCUCACCCUCACCAUCACCCUCACCCAGGCCAGGGCUCAGUGCCGCAGCCUCUGCAUCCCUCCUCCAUGGACCCACGGACGUUCAACCAGCUCAGGACCGGCUACAGAUGGGAGCGCCAGCUGGUGUUCCGGAGCAAACUCACCAUGCACACGGCGUUCGAUCGCAAGGACAACGCCCAGCCAGCCGAGAUCACAUCCCUCGCCAUCUCCAAGGACCACAGUAAGAUCCUGGUGGGGGACGGGCGCGGCCGGGUCUUCAGCUGGUCGGUGAGCGAGCAGCCGGGCCGCUCGGCAGCAGACCACUGGGUGAAGGACGAGGUGGUGGACAGCUGCUCCAGCUGCACCGUGCGCUUCUCCCUCACCGAGCGGCGCCACCACUGCAGGAACUGUGGGCAGCUCUUCUGUCAGAAGUGCAGUCGCUUCCAGUCGGAGAUCAAGAGGCUGAAGAUCUCGUCUCCGGUGCGGGUUUGUCAGAACUGUUACUACAACCUUCAGCACGAGCGAAGCGCCGAGGACGGCUGCAGAAACUGAGCUCCACCUCCAGGAGUCUCCUCUUCCUCCUCCCACGUGUCCCCAAAACGCUCUCCCUCCAGCCCACUCACCCUUUAUCCUCUUGUACGUCCAGUAACACGUGCACAGUAACGCACUGACAGACAGAAACAGGAGCGAAUGUCGGCGGUCUCGCGUAGGGGGUGGGGAAAAAAAACAUCUGAUCAAAAGGAAAGGAAAAAAAAAAUCCCCACUUUGACGACCUACACACACCUGGAGGAAGAAACAAAACAAAAGCAAAAACACCUUUGAUGCGGCGCGCUUCAAACAAUCACCCGCCUUUUUUGCUUUGAUCAAGAACCCGUUCCUCUUUCACCGCGAGACGUAACAAACUUGUUUAUAUUGUAAAUAAUAACCAUGGCCUUUUUAACUCUAAGAAGAGCAAACGGAACAAAAAAUAAGGUCAAAGAGUUAAAAGAAAUUGCCUGUAACAUAGCGUUGUGACUAACCACUCCUGGCUUUCAAAAAAAAAGUAACUAAAUGGAUUGCGUGUAGUCACGGCGAGGCCAGAGCGAAGGAAAUGAAUGUCAAUAAUUAAUUUCCGUGACUUUACUAGUGGGACUAGGUAUGCAACAUUUUUUUAUUUCUUUAUCAAUUGUUGUUGUUUACAAAUUGUAUUUUUAUGUGUUGCCCACAGUGUCAAGCCAUCACCAUCACAGAAAGAUUUCAUAUCGUUUUUGUUGCCAAUUUCUUUCAAUUUUGAUGAUUUUAGUUUUGAUCAUCUAUUCUGUCCUUUAUAUGAAUUCCCAAUUGGAGAAUUUUGAUUGUUGCUGCUGUCUGAAGACUGGACACGUUAUCAUUUCAGAUUUUAUUUUAAAACCAUAUCACUGCGUUUCAAUUCUUUUUUUUUUUGUAGAAAACAUAAUUGAAGAUAUGAAUAAGUUCCCGUGAUAUUUCUUUUCCAUCUCGGUUUUUCCUAGUUCAUUCUUAAAUUGCACAUGAAAAAGGGAUUUUCUUUUGAGUGUUUCUUGCUGUUAUUCUCGUGUUGGCAUUAUUACAGUUAACGUGGCACUCCACACACUUUAUUCUCAGUCCUUGGUCGACAUUUUUAAAUUGCAUUAGCAGCAGCCGAGCACCUUUCAAUGAGUUCAUUCAGUACAAACAGACAUUAUUAUAUACUUUAGAGUACAAACAUCCCAGGCCGGAAAUAAAAAAUAUCUCUAAGGUGUUUUGUCUAAAAAGUAAAUCCUAUUAUAUUUGAUCAAUAGUGUAUCCUGAUUUGGUUUCAUUAUCAACGUCAUUCAUCAAUCACUUACUGUAUGUACUUUAAUUUCAUGUAAAGCCUAGAGGAAUUCAUCAUGUACAAUGGCCACUGUUUAACAAUUUACAAGAUGUUUUUUCGUACAUUUAUGAAAUCAUGAUCUCGUAUAAUAUUUGAGUUUUUUUAACGCAAUAUUCACGAAAGAAAUCUGAUAUUGUUAAUUAAUAUUGGAAGGGAAAAAUGAUAACAUGGGUAAAGGAAAGAACAUGUGUAAAACCUUUUAUUUUAUAUUCUGAUGCCGUUCAAUUUUGUUGUUUUUUUGCCAAAAAGUCGCCAAAGUGAGAUAUUUUCAAAUUCAAGCAUAUUUGCUUUUGAUGUUAAACAACAGCCAGAACAACAGUAAAGACAUGUCAAUUCAACAGUAAAAUAUUCCAUAAAAUAAAACAAUGUUUGGGACUGAUUGUCACCGUGUUGACAAGUAAAUAUCAAAAGUCUUUCUGAUGUUUAAUAUGACUUGUAUUUACAUGAACUUGAAUUAAACAACAGAAAACUGAAUUUGUAGGCUUACAGGUGGCUCAUGUUCCACCAUGAAACACACAUUUGACUGCUCGAUGGCUGCUGCUGCUGGGUUUAAUAUUUGGACAUUUAGAAAGUGUUUUUGUUUUUAUAUUAAGUAUUCAUAUUGUUUCUCCUCUCUCCAUGUUGUUUUCGUAGUUCUGUGGGCAACAACUGUGCAUUCAAGUGCUGCUUUCUUUGCAUUUCCUUUUUGUUUUCCACACAGACUCUCAAACAUGUAAAAAGAAAAGAAAAAGAAAACACUUUAAUAUUCACCACCAUGUUGUUCUAAUAAUCAUAUGCACUCUUGUUAUUGUCUUUAUAUCAUUCUGCAUUGACGUACUGUUAUUUAGCGUGCAAUCAUGCCACCUAGCUGAAAAAGGCCCAGUCGCCUUUUAUCAAUCAAGAGUCCCUUUGCACCUUCACUUGUACAAAAAAAGUCAAGAGGAAUCACAGGUUUUUAUUAAAUGCAGUUUUACGUUGUUAUUUUAAGAGAAAGGUGAAUUUCACAAUGAACUGUACAAAGUAUUUAUGCAAUUAUAACUGGUUUUAGAUUUUUUUUUGUUAUGAUUAUUGCGAUUUCAGCAAGUUUGGUUACUUGUUGCAUGUCUAUUAACACAGCUGACUUUCUGUGUCAGUGCAUUGUAAAUGUUCUCGGCAUUAUCAUUUUGUUGGUUUUUAUUCUUUUAUGGGUUUUUUGGAGGCAUUGUCUGAUGAGUUGUGUACAGAGCCAGAGAUCGUGUCCCCAACUCUGGGUGUACUUUUGUACUCUUUAUGGAAAGAAUUAAGGACAAAUGAUAGAAGGAGAAGAAAGAGAAAAAAGUGGAAGUCUUUGGACUAUUUUGGUGGUCCUGUAUUCGACUGCAUUACUACAGUAUCUGGUGUGCAAUCUGUGGUAGCUGAAUGUUCCUUGUAUAUUUGUGUUCACUUCAUCCUACAGGACGGAAAUCAAUAGAGUAACCCCCCCUCCUUACAGAAACAAAAUGUUACAUAAUGCAAUAGAUCUGGUACUUAUUCUGUUAAUUUCAUUUCAAUAAAUAAUUGCUGUUUACCACCAAAAAAAGA